AUGGGAAUCAGUGUUCAAAUAUCACUAAUUUAUGCCCAGCCCAGCCCCGGCUGGUGGAGGCGUCGGAGGUGGCAGCUAACCUCACUGCUCCUUGGACAACCAUCGCUGCAGGCACCUCUCUCUCCUUCCAGCUGCUCAGAUCCGCCUUGGCAGGUGCCCAAGAUCAGUGCAAAGAUGCCCUCUCAGCCCUCUCAGCUGGAACACUCCAUGGAGCAAAUGCUCUUUACGUUUCACAAAUUUUCCGGCAACAAGAACUAUUUAACAAAGGAAGACCUUCGGCAGCUUAUGGAGAAGGAGGUCUCGGGAUAUAUGGAAAACCAGAAGGACCCCAUGGCCAUUGACAGGAUCAUGAAGUGCUUGGAGGAAUGUCGGGACGGGAAGGUCCACUUCGAGGGGUACCUCUCUCUGAUUGCCAGCCUGAGCAAUGGCUGCAAUGAGUACUACAUGAAGAAAAUGAAGCUGAUGGGGAAGAAAUACUAA